AUGUCUUCCUAUGAUACAAAAGGCUCCGACUCUGCGUCGACGCAGCACGACAUAUCCUCUCUGCAGCCCAUUCAGAGCGUCACCAUCACAACCGAAAUGUUUGAAAAGCUCUAUCUAAACCCUGCGAGCCGCGUCCAGGGCCAUCUCCGGCAGACCUUUGCAAACCCAACCCCGCUCCCGCUUGUCGGGUUUCUUAUUGCGUCCGCGCCUCUCGGCUGCGCGCUGAUGGGCUGGCGGGGUGCCGGCGGCGGCGGCGCCGCGACCAUUGGCACCUUUUACUUCUUUGGCGGCGCGCUUCAGCUGAUUGGCGCGAUCCUCGAAUGGAUUCUCGGAAACACCUUUGUUUAUAUUGUUUUUGGAUCGUUUGGUGCCUUUUGGCUCGCCUUUGCGAUAACCCUCACUCCGUUCUACAAUGCCGAGGGCGCCUUCACGGCCAAUGCCACGACGGCUGCGGAAAAGGCUGCUGGGGAGGCUAGCUAUCAAGCCAGCUUGGCUUUCUUCCUGCUCUUCAUGGGUAUUCUAGUCUUCAUGUACCUGAUUUGCGCCCUUCGGACAAACGUCGUCUUCUUUGCCAUCUUCUUUUUCCUCGACAUUUCCCUCUUCUUGCUGGCUGGCGCGUACUGGAAGGGCGCCACAGGCGACAUGCAGGCAUUUCACAAACUUCAAGUUGCAACCGGCGCUUUCGUCUUUGUCUUUUGUGUAUUCGGAUGGUAUCUUUUGUUCGUCCAGCUCCUCCGCUCGGUCGAUUUUCCUCUGGAUCUUCCGGUUGGUGAUCUUUCUCGACGUCUGUUUGUUCGCCGCCAGAAGGCACCCGAGGAUAGGGAGCUUGCCGUGUAA